AUACCACACUGUUUCUUCCAUUUCAGCUCUGUCACCUUACGCAUCCUCUGUAUUUCUACGAGUACCAUCUCCUCCCACUACACAAGAUUCAAAAUGAGUCUCAACGACAUGCUUAGUGCUUCUGACAUUUCUGCUGCUCUAAGGGAGUGCCAAGCUCCUGACACCUUCAAUUACAAGAAAUUUUUCCAAACUUGUGGGCUGACUAAAAAAACUGCCAGCCAAGUGAAAGAUGCCUUCCGGAUUUUAGAUGAUGAUCAGAGUGGAUAUAUCGAAGAGGAAGAGCUCAAGUUUUUCCUUCAGCGUUUUGAUCCAAGCUGCCGAGAACUAACAGUCUCUGAAACCAGAGAUUUUAUGGCUGCCGCGGACCAUGACAAAGAUGGGAAAAUUGGAGCCGAGGAGUUUCAGGAAAUGGUUCAUUCAUAGAAGCCUACAAAUUCUGGUGGUAUACACAACAAAGUGAUCGUAUAAUGGAAACAAGACAAUUAAAUCCAGGACGUUGUGCUUCACCUUGGCUGUCUCUAUCACAAGCCCGGACAUAUGAGCGAGGCUGGAAAAAAGAUUUACCACUUUGGUGGAACAGAUUAUGGGUGUUUCUUCAUGUGACAUGCACUAACCGUUACUAAAUGUCCUAACAAUCCAAUAAAACCCUACAUACAAUGAAA